AUGGACCUUGGUUAUGUCCAUUUACUUUCAGUUCAAGAUUCUGAUUUACAAAUAGUUAAUGAUACACUAAUGCUUAACAGAAUGAAAAAUAUAACAUUAAUAUGGCUUGACGAAAAUAUUGAUGGAGAAAUCAAACAAUUAUUAGAACAAUUAAAUGAUGAUGUUUUAGGUUGUACUAAUAGAGAUAUAUUCUUUGAAGCUAUAAAUAAAAUAAAAAAUGAUUAUAUAAUUCUUAUUCUAUCUGAACUAACGAAAGAAUCAGCUGAAUUUUUAUGGUAUCAAUUAAUAAGAGAUUAUUUAAUAAAUAUUCCUAAGACAGUUAAUUCUCAACAAGAAAUGAUUGAUAAAUGUCGUUCAUAUUAUCGAGGAAAUCAAUCUUAUUUAAAAUAUGUUAAUGAAUUUCAAGAAACAUACAAAACAAAUCAAAAUGGUAUCAAAUGGUAUACAAAAACAAGUUUUAUUUAUAGACUUGUUAAUCAAGCAUUAAGAACUGAAGAUAUUGAAGCAUUAUUGACAUUACGCUAUUAUAUUGUUGAUCUUUGUACAUGGUUAAAACAAGAAUCUGAUGAAUUAAAAGAAUAUUUAUGUCGUAUAACAAUUACAUUAUAUCGUGGAUUAAAAUUAUCUGAUGAUGAAAUAGAAAAAUUAAAAAAUAACAUUGAUAAUUUAAUAUCAACAAAUGGAUUUUUAUCUACAAGUAAAUCAAUAGAGAUUGCAUGUGCAUUUGCUACAAAUGUUUUAUUUGAAAUUAAAGUUAAUACUGAAGUAGAAAAUAUUAUAUUUGCUCAUAUUUCAGAAUAUAGUAUGAUUAAAGGCGAAGGAGAAGUUUUAUUCGAUUUAGGUACAACAUUUCGAAUUACAAAUGUUGAAUAUAAUGAUAAUAUAAAAUUAUGGAUUGUAUCUAUGAUAGAUGAUGUUGAUGAAGGAUUCAAUAUAAUAAAGGAUUAUAUUAAAAUGAAAAAACAGAAAAUGAAUGAAAUUAUGACUGGUAAGAUUAGUUUUUCAUCUGGAUGGCUUUUAAUUGAAAUGGGACAAUAUACUAAAGCUAUUUAUUAUUUUGAAAAUUUAUUACAGUAUACAACAAAUGAAAUAGAAAAUAUUUGUAUUUCAACUUAUCUAGGUAUUAGUUAAUAUAAAACAAAUCAAAUUGAAUUAGCAAUAAAACAUGUCACAAAUGCAUAUGAUCGAUGUACCACUAUUGAUCCUUGUCCUUCAAUAAUAAGACAUAUAAUAAAUUUAAUUGGCUCUAUUGAUUUGGAUAGACAUGAAUAUGAUCUUGGACUACAGAGUUAUAUAAGAUUAUUACAAAAUGAGAUGUGUGGACAAAGUGUCUAAAAACGAAUUGACGAAUCGCAAUUUUUAAGGGUAAAAAUGAUGCAACAAUUUUCGCGUUUUACCCUUAUUUUGCGAACUCGUACCGAAUUGAUGCGAACUGUAUCGAAUUCGUACGGAUACUCUUAAAACCUUUUACGGAUUCUUCUUGCGAAUUCGUAAAUAGAGAAUAGAUCAAACACGAUGCUGAUCAAUUUGCAAAUAAUUCGUAAAAUUAGUUUACGAAUUCGGGUUCACUGUUUUUGGAACUAGAUUAAUUCGUAAAUACGAAUUAGUGAAUUCGUAUUACGAACUGAUCCAGCAGUUGAAAAUGGAUCCAGGAAUUGAUAAACCCAUUCUGCAAAUUCAUCGCGGAUGUGUACGCUUACUAGCCUACGUAGGGACAGGACACUUUUCUCUGAGGUUAAAAAUAGAUAGAUUCGUCUCUUCUCAUUGAUUCACAUACUUCUCAUACCAAUUCGCCAUUAUUCUUACGUAUUCGUAAAAUACGGCAUGUUGUGUAAAUACUCACAGCCAUCCUCACUGUGUCUCCCCCGCUCCGCACAUGCA